AUGUCAGCACCCCGGUUAUAUGAUCUGGUUGUUCUAGGUGCCACUGGAUACACAGGAAAACUUACGGCGGAAUUCAUCGCAACCAAUCUCCCAAUUGACCUCAAAUGGGCUAUUGCAGGCCGUUCCAGUAGUAAGCUCCAGGCUAUCGCAGCGGGUUGCAAGACCCUAAACCCCGAUAGGAUCCAGCCCGCUAUCGAGAUCUGCAAUUUGAAUGAUGAAGAAUCAAGUGUAUUAGCGAAGAAGACAACGCUUCUCAUUGCGGCAGUUGGCCCGUAUUCUCUUCACGGAGAACAUACCUUCAAAGCUUGUGCUGAAAAUGGUACCCAUUAUCUCGAUAUAACCGGUGAGGUCGUCUGGGUUACUCAUAUGAUCAAGAAAUAUGAAAGUAUAGCCCAAGCAAGCGGCAGUAUCAUGAUUCCACAAAUCGGUCUGGAUUCAGCUCCAGCGGAUAUGGUCACGUGGGCACUGGUGGACAUGAUCCGUAAGGAGUUCUCAGCGCCGACGAAAGAGGUCAUACUGUCUGUUAAAAUCAGCGGGAUGCCCUCCGGCGGCACUCUCAAUACCGUCUUCUCACUCAUGGAUGUCUAUAGCCUUAAGGAUAUCGUGGCGGCCCAUAAGCCUUAUGCACUAUCCCCCAUUCCAAGACCGAAGAUACAGGAUCCAGCUCCAUGGGCAACCAGAAUGUUUGGGGUUCGAACCGUCCCCGGACUUGGCAUCCUUACAACCUACUUCUUUGUCGCGGCCGACAAACCCCUUGUUGGCAGAAGCUGGGGAUUAUUGGGCGGCCCUGAUUUCUAUGGGCCCAAUUUUCACUUCAGCGAAUAUAUGAAGGUGGGGAACCACUUCGCCGCGGUGAUGGUGCAUUUUGGAUUGGUUUUCGGAUCAAUCUUGUUAUCUAUCCCGCUAUUCAGGAAGUUUAUGAAAGGCAUCGUCACUCAACCGGGAGAAGGAGCUUCAGAAGAGCAGUCGAGAAAUGAUAGGCUGGAGUAUAAGGCAAUUGGGAAUCCUGAUGUGCAAAGCUCCGAUUCACCAAAAGCAAUCUGCAAAGCAGCAUACAAGGGCUCUGCGUAUCAAUUCACUGCUGCCUGCAUUUCUUCAGCUGCAAUUUCGAUCCUUCGUGACGAGCAUAAACUUACAGGAGGCAUCUAUACACCUGCAUGUCUAGGACAGAAAUUUGUUGAUCGACUCGAAACUGCAGGAUUCAAGUUUGAAAAGACAAUAUCCGAGAGCUGA